CCCAAGCUCAUGCUAAUUACUUUUUUAGUUUUUAGUGGAAAGAUCAGUUUGAUAAUAGCUGUAUAUAUUUAUUUUUUAAAAAGGCCCUUAAAUAUAAUACUCUAUUAGCUUUAAUUUACAUAUACAAUGUUGUAUUCAAAGGGAUUGAUUUAAUCACUGAAAUGUAAAUACAUUGAGGUUAUUAUAGCAUCUCCUAGAAUAUGAAUGUGUUUCUAUUAAAGGUAUUUAGGCUUGCUGUAAAAUCAGCUAGCAGAGAUGCCAAAGCAUUGUUUAGUGAAUGGAUGAGAACUAAAACAGCCACCAGGUGUUUACACUUGUUAUGAAGGCAACUAAUUUUACUUUCACAACAUACACUAGACUUUCUCUCAGGGGCAAACCCUUUACAAAUGAAAACACAGACAUGCCUACACAAGUUUUCCUGCCAUUGCACAUUGCUACUGGUAUUUCUAGUUCAUGUGGUGUGGGCCACAUCAUGUGAGGCCUCUUUACCCAGAUAGCUUCUAUGAUUUUAUUGGAGCCUUGAUUAGGCACAUGUGACUGAGUGCAAACCCCUGUUGGCAAUGGGUGAGUGGUUGGAAAGCAGAGAUCUGCCAGAGUUUUUGACUCUAACAAGAUUCAGCCUCGUGGCUUCAGAAAGCAAAAGCCGCUCAUCCGGGAAUUGAAUUCUUCUGGUCGUGUGGAACAAGCCUCCAGGUUGUGUGGAUCAGGGAUGCUGAUGGCACAUUGCAGGCCCUACAGUCUCCAGGUUAUCCUUCUGGGCCCCAUCCUGGCGGCUGUGGGCUUGGCCACUAUGGACAACCAAGUACUGCAUGAGCUUGAGAAGGAGCCCGCCUACUGGGAUGCUCAGGCAAAGGAAACACUGGAUGCUGCACUGAAACUCCGUCCUCGUGAACACAGGGCAAAGAACAUUAUCCUGUUUCUUGGUGAUGGAAUGGGCGUUUCCACAGUCUCAGCUGCUCGAAUCCUACGUGGUCAGAUGGAUGGUGGAUCUGGGGAAGAAACGAUGCUUGCCAUGGACACUUUUCCAUAUGUAGCCUUGUCCAAGACCUACAGUGUGGAUAAGCAGGUAGCAGACAGUGCCAGCACAGCUACAGCCUAUCACUGUGGAGUGAAGGCCAAUGCUAAGACCGUGGGACUCAGUGCUAACGCAGUGGCCUAUGAGUGCAACACCACUUUUGGCAAUGAGGUCUAUUCAGUGCUUCGACGUGCUAAGGCACAAGGUAAAUCAGUCGGCAUAGUGACCACCACCCGGGUCCAGCACGCCUCCCCAGCUGCUGCUUACGCCCACUCAGUCAGCCGCAGCUGGUACAGCGAUUCAGAUCUUCCCUCCAGUGCUCACCGUCACGGUUGUGUUGAUAUUGCCACCCAGCUGGUCACCAACUUUGACAUUGAUGUGAUUCUGGGAGGUGGCAGAAUGUACAUGACACCAAAAGGCACCCCAGAUCCAGAGUACCCUACCUCUAACUCUCGCAAGGGGGCCCGCAAAGACAGGAAAAACCUAACUGAUGUGUGGUUAAAGGCCAAACCGAACAAGAAAUCACACUAUGUUUGGCACAGAAAAGAGUUUAAUGAAAUUAAUGUUAAAACCACAGACCGUCUCAUGGGUCUUUUUGAGCCUAAGGACAUGAGAUUCGAGGUUUUCCGGAAUAGCACACGUGAUCCAUCUAUUGUGGAGAUGACAGAAAAGGCCAUUCAAAUCCUCAGAAAAAAUCCAAACGGAUAUUUCCUGUUUGUGGAAGGAGGAAGAAUUGAUCAUGGUCACCAUGAUGGCAUUGCUAAAUUGGCACUGACAGAAGCCGUGAUGUUUGACAGCGCCAUUCAACGUGCAGCACGGCUCACCAGAGAAUCUGACACACUGACUGUGGUAACUGCUGACCACUCUCAUGUCUUCACAUUUGGUGGUAACACGCCGCGAGGGAAUCCUAUCUUUGGUCUGGCACCAAAGAAAGCUGAUGAUAAAAUGCCUUUCACUAGCAUUCUUUACGCCAAUGGUCCUGGUUAUGUGCACAUAAAUGGAACCAGAGGGAACAUCACACUGGUAGAUUACUAUGAUGAAGAGUACAUGCAGCAGGCUGCUGUUCCAUUGGAUGCUGAGACACACGGAGGAGAGGAUGUUGCCAUCUAUGCCAAAGGCCCAAUGGCUCAUCUGUUUCAUGGGGUGAAGGAGCAAAACUAUGUGGCACAUGUCAUGGCCUAUGCUGCCUGUUUGGAGCCGUACUCUAACUGCCCACCUCAUGCUACUCAUGCUCACAGUCGUUCAUCAGUUGGGUGUGUGAGCAAACAUUUAGGUCUCCUGAUUGUCAUGCUGGGCUUCCUCUGGUUGAUCAGAUGACCCCCAUACACACACACAAAGUCGCACAUUUAUACAGUAACUUUGCAUGCAGCAUACAGACUAUGCACAAAACAUUUGCAUGCUUUGUGUGGACACAGGCUGGCAAAUCAGAAGGCAGGGAAAAGUACAGUACUGUAUCAUGUAAUACUCACACAUCCCAGUAUUUAUCCACACACAUUUGUAUUCUACCAUGCUCUUCUCAGGUGCAUUCUAAUGAAAAAAUUACAAGCAAGUACUGAUGAUCAGUGGAAAUGCAAAUACACUUUCAUUUGAACUGCUAACUUCCACCAAGCAUCAUUUCAUCACUUAGCUACCCCCACCCAUUCUUUGUCCUCAUAUAAUAUAAAAGCACUGCUCACAUCAGAUGUCAUACAUUUGCAUGUUUUGAUCAUUUGGUAAGUACAUAUUAUUCUGCAGUUUUAAAGACAGUAACUUAAAGCAAGGGCCGAGGGCUCACUGUCAAGCUUUUGUACACUUUAGACAGACAAUUGUCACUAUACAAAGAAAUGCCAAGCUGCACCAUUACAAGUAAAUACACGAGUCCAUGAACUGAUAUGCCUCAAUUUUUCAGAAGUAGCUUUUUAAAAUUUUGUAUUUUAACAUAAUUGUACAUGUUUUCUGUUAUUAAAUAUUAUAUCUACCUGGAUUGUAAAUAAAAGUUGUUUUUUUUUACAAGCAAAUGUAAGUAAGAUGAUUUU